AUGCAAGUCCCGCCGGUGGAUUGGGAAGCCCUGAAACAACUACUGGUAGAGCACAUGGAUAUCUUCGCAUGGAGCCACAGAGAGAUACCUGGUAUAGAUAACGAAGUCAUUGAGCACUGCUUAGGCAUAGACCCAACACACAAGGUUAUGCCUUUCGGAUUAAAGAAUGCAGAGGUGACCUGCCAAAAGCUGGUAAAUCGAAUGUUCAAAGAACAGAUUGGGAGAUCUAUUGAGGUAUAUGUGGACGACUUGUUGAUAAAGAGUAAAGAACCUGCCCAACACCUUAUGGAUUUGCAAAUGGCGUUCGAAAUCUUAUGCCGUUAUAACAUGAGGUUAACCCCAGCAAAGUAUGCUUUCGGGAUCCAGUCGGGAAAAUCCCUAGGCUUCAUUGUAUUCAAGAGAGGAAUUGAGGCCUCUCCAGAUAAGAUAGAGGUCAUACUCAACAUGAAGCUGCCAAAAAGCUUGAAUGAGACUCAACGACUGGCGGGUAGAGUGGGCACCCUAGGGAGAUUCAUAGGCAGAUCGACAGAUAAGUGCCUCCCCCUUUUUCCAAGUACUGUGAAAGUCUCCCCGCAUGCUUUAUCCACCGUCUUAGUAAAGGAGGAAGAGGCCGCCCAACAUCCAAUAUAUUAUGUAAGUCAGAAAGUUCCAACCAUACUUCCAAGCCCACAUAGUAAAGGUGCUCAAGAGACUCCCCUAGCAAAAGUCCUGAGAAAACCAGAUAGCACAUGCAGAUUGAUAGGUUGGUCGAUUGAGCUAAGCGAGUUUGAUCUGGAAUACGAAUCAAGGAAGGCUGUCAAAGGGCAAGCACUGACAAAUUUUGUGGCAGAAUUCUUGGGAUUUCCCCAAAAAGAAACAAUAGAACCGUUGAAAAAGCGGUGGGUAUUAUUCAUAGACGACUCAUCUUGCUCAGAAGGUGGAGGCUUGGGAGUACAUUUAUUGAGUCCUGACAGUCAGGGGCGGUAUUACAUGGCGACGUUGGCAUUCAAAGUGACAAACAACGAAACUGAGUAUGAAGCACUGAUAGCAGGACUGUCUGUGGCCUCCCAAAUGAGGGUAACCGAGGUAGAAGCCAGGUCAGACUCGCAGGUAGUUGUAAAUCAGGUGUUGGGACUAUAUGCUACAAAAUGUGAAAAACUAAAAAAAUAUCUAGCGAGAGUCUGGAAAAUUUGCGACCUCUUCUCUGAUUUCACCAUAACUCAAAUACCGAGAGGGGACAACGAGGUCACAAAUAAAUUGGCAAGGGUGGCAUUCGAGGUAGAAGAGGUAUCUCUAUCGUGGCAAGUAGAAAUGAAGGUCAUCGAAAUCCCAGCCGUUGGCAUAGAAGUAGGCAUCUUGGGAUCUAACACUCCAGAAUGGGCUAGUAGAAUAGUGGAAUACUUAGAAGAAGGAAAACUACCAGAGACAAGAGAAGAGGCAAGGAGGAUAAAGAGAAAGACAACUAGGUUCCAGCUCAUCAAUGAAGUUCUUUAUAAAAGGGGAUUCUCCGCCCCCUUGGUACAAUGCAUUUCCACACAAGAAGCACAGUACAUCCUAGCGGAGAUACACGAGGGAAUAUGUAGAAACCACUUUGGCAGAAGAACCUUAGCCAGAAAAGCAGUCUGGGCAGAGUACUACUAG